AUGCUCGAGGCGGGUGCGGCACCGGCAGAGCAGCAGCAGCAGGAUAGCGGCGGCAGGUUGGCUGCCGGCGGCAAGCGGGUGGCGGUGCUGCAGGCAGCCAAGCGGGCCUUCCUGGAUGUGAAGGAGCAGGGGAGGCCGCUAGCCGAGUACAUGGUCCUGCCCGCCAGCCAGUACUCCGUCCUGGACGCCAAGCGCAUCGAGCGGCUGGAUGAGGACACCUUCCGCUGCUACGUGGGCGGCCUCAAGCUCUUCUCGCUUGAAGUGGAGCCCGUCAUCACCGUCUCGGUCACGGUGCAGGAGCGAGGCCCCACCGUGCGGCUGCUGUCCACCAAGCUCAAGGGCUCCAAGGCUGUGGAGGCCGCCAACGAGCGGUUUGACGCCACUAUGACGAAUGUGGUGCGGUGGCAGGAGGCGCCCGGCGGCGGCAAGCAGCUGGCCUCCGACACAUUCAUCCAGGUGCAGCUGCAGGUGCCCGCCUGGUUUGUGCUGCCCACCAGCACCAUCGAGCGCACAGGCGGCGCGGUCAUGGCACGGGUGCUGGAGUCUGCUGUGCCCCGCUUCCUGCAGCAGCUGUCUGCCGACUAUGCGGCUUGGGCCGCCGGCGACGACACCCGCCAGCCCGUCAGCGAGGGCGGGCUGAUGGGUGAGCAUGGCAUGGACGCGGGGCGGGGCCAGGACGAGGAGCAGGGCUGGGCAUGA